AUGCGUCGUUGCGGCUGUUGUUGCAAAUUUGUAUGUGUAGUAUGUUGCCUAGUUAUGAUGCUAGUGGCAUUCGUAACAAGCUUUUUUGGAUCAUACGGCAUGUGGGCCAUGUACGAACUUCAUGUCAAUCUACACAGGGACUUCCUGAUUGCCCUUUCCAUGACGUUCAAUCUCAUGCUCCAAGAGCGUUGUGUAAUGGCUGAGGACCGUCAUUUCCGUCCAGAUGAGUUGCCAUGGACACAUGAAAUGCAGCAGAAUUGGAAAGUCUUGAGAGAUGAGUUUUAUGAAUUCGUAUCUCGUGGGGGACCGGUACCUGCUUUUUAUGAGCUGGAGGCACAACAAGAGAAACUCGUUGGAGGUGAGUGGGGGUCGUUGUGGCUGAAGGUGUAUGGCCAAAAUUUGCCUGUUCUGGAGGAACACUUCCCUCGCACCACAGCUCUGCUACAGAAGACACCCAUCAGUUCGGCUAUGAUCUCGAUUCUUGGACCAGAUUCUCAUGUGAAGCCCCACAGCGGAGAUUGGAAAGGUGUUUUGCGAUACCAUAUUCCCCUUGAGUUGCCCGAGAAAACUCCCUCUUCACCGUGGAGCAACAUAUCCGUGAAAUGGACCCAUCGUGGAGUUGAGAAUAAAAAGCUUCCUUCGGGCUUGUACGUAUCAUCUGACUUCAAUCAGAUUUCCGAUCGUUUCCAGAACGACGAUUGGACUGGCCAGCAGCUGAAUUUUUGGCACAAGGGCUGGGCGGCAGGUGAACACUUCCUCUUCGAUGACCUCUUCCCACACUUUGUCAAGAACGGAGAUGGGCACGGAAGGCGCGUCAUGUUCUUCGCUGAUGUCCCGCGCCAUGAUUGCGGGUGGAGGAGCCACGUUAUCACGUUGUGUGCGCAUUCUGUCCUGAAGAGAAUCCACCCAAGGAUCAUGAACCUAAUCCGGCGCGCUACUCGGUUCAAUCCUCCUGGCACGAAGCUCACGGAGCUCUGA